AUGUCGACCAAUACCGGAAUGUUACGUUACCUUCCAUCACAAACAUACUGCCCGCGUUCAAUCUUUUGGACAAAUCUAAUGUUGCUGGGUUUCAAACCUGAAAUACACGCUAUUGGAGCAUAUUCUACAAUAAUAUUCGACAAAGACGUAUUCACGCGUAGCACCAACAAUGUCAAGGCUAUGGAACUCAUUGUGUGGUUUCUGUUUGAUCGGUUGGAUCCCGUUGGUGCAAGAGAUAAUUUUGCCGGUUGCUGGCCUGUGACCAAUCCUGCAGAAAGCAGGCAAUUUCGUCAAGUCGCCUUUAAAAAGUUAGAACAGUUUCGUAAGGAAGGGUGUCUCGGGAACAACGAUUUAGUGUUGAGACUAAGUUUUUUUAACGAAUGUCAAGGCGACAGAUUUGAGCGCAUCAUUAUGGCAUUUUCCUCUUACGUCGUUCAAAAGACUCUUGUCAAUAAUUAUCCUCAGCAUACCCAAAUUCUAAACAUCGAUUUUGAGGGUCUCAAGAAACUCGCUCCAGAGAUGCGCAAAAAUACGCUAAAGAAACACGUCAAAAUUCAAACCGAGAAAUUUGUUAGACAUCUUCAAGAACGAAAAGUGUGUCAAGAUCGAUGGAAGAAUAUAGCUGAUGAGUUAACUCAAAGGAUACGAACUGUCAUUGCAAAUAAUGAUGAACUAGAAAAGGAAAAUCAUGAAUUUUACCAAAACCGAAGCUUGUUUGAGAAGCUUGAUAAUAUGUCGGUUGAACAACUUUACUCAUUAAGGCUUCAGCAAACUGAGAAUGUUCGUGAGUUUUGGGCUACUUGUGUAAAUUGGAUAGAAGAAAAUCGGAAACGUAUUGAAAAUGUUGAUGAUAUAAUUAGCGGCCAGUCAAACAUGUAUCGAUUAAAUGGUCAUGAACCUCGUCUAGAGAUCCCAAACAUCAUGAUGAGACUGUGGGAGAAGCAAUUUCAUAAAGAAAAAAUUAAUCCAUAUCAAAAUGGAAAAUUGGAUUUAGAAUCUUUAAUUAAGCUAUGGAAACUGGCAAUACAGACCUUGAAUCUUCAUGCCUUACGAUCUCAUCGUGUCACUGCAACAUAUUCAGAAUCUAAAAAAAUAUUUCCUGAAUCUGAGCAAUUGAUCAACGUGUUCAGACAAUGUGUAUUAGAGCAGAAGACUCAAUCACAAAGUGUGUCUAUUCUUCAAGAAUCAUUGAGAACACGAUUGAAUGAAAUUAACGAGUCGAUUUGGUUGUUGAACAAAGAACAAAGUGGUAAUAGUAUACUACUGCCUGAAGGAGGCACGAAAAAUACUAUUUCUAUUAGAAAUCUAUCUAUACCAAUUACCCCUUUUCAUUUCACUAAUAAUAAUGGUGAUGAAUCUUCCUCAAUUGAUACUGAUGUGGACAUGGAAGCUAUUGAACUUGACUUAAAAAAAGCAACAACAAAAGUGACCAUUAAUAAUCACUUUUCAACAAAAGUAUACGACGAUAAUGAGAUAGAAGAUGAAAUCGUAUCUUUCACAAUCUCAAAAAAUAAUAUGAAGGCGAAUGAGAUAGAAAAUUGGAAAAGUAAUGCAAAUAUAGGUAAUUCAAGUUUAAGACCAACAACACCUAAUAAAUAUGUGCCAUCAAUUGACACUAUCGAGAAAACACCGGAUUUUGCAUCAUUCUCAACGCCAUCAUUGUUCAAUUCUCGGGAUGAAACCAAUUUCACCACGCCAACCCAAAUUAAUAAUAAAAGGGUCAAUGAUUCGGUCGUUUGUGACGCUGUUAUAGAACAAAUUUUUGAAUUCGUCACGAACUCAUCCGAUGACUUUAGUCAAUCAUCAAACAGCGAGCUGGAACUGAACCAAAAAAAUAGUAAAUCUUUAGAAACGCAUGCUAUCUAUAAUCCAAUUAGUGCACUUGAAGAAAAUGCUUUCAAACCUUCCAAAGAAAUCAAUAGAAGUCCAGUAGCUGGUGAUGAUACUCCAUCUGCACCUGUGAUAAAAACAAGGUCAGCGAUGAAAUCGGGACCAUCAAAAUCUUUACAGCAGUUUUCAGUUAAAUUUGCAGGUGUUGACGAUGAUGAGACGCCUUCAAAGAAUUAUGAUAAUAUAAACACUAGCCUCGAAGGAGAUUUUAUGGAGAUUGAUUAA